AUGCCGGGGUCUGCAUUUAUGACCGCGGGACGAAGCGCCUGCAUGAACACGAGCCAUCGCCUCGCGAAGGACGAUCAAGACUUCCUGGCCUCGUGCCCGGGGAACUCGCCUAGACCUCUUGCUGGUCGGCUUGGUGGUAUUUGCCCAGGGGGUCAAUAUUGGCCGCCACACUACUCUGCCGGGCGCUACCAGCAGAAGGACACGAUUUCCUCCACGCGCGCCACGCACACGGAAGCUGCGAUCAAAGCUCCAGCCCAAUCCUUCAGGGAUCUCACAGUCCAUGGCUGGGGCCAUGGGACUGGCUAUUGUCCCAACACCGCUUCCAUUCGAGGUGUUGACUGGGCUCAUAAGGAGACCACAGAUGUGUUCCGGACCACUUACAAUGAGACGAUGACCUCGUCGUCGAACUCGCUGGCCUCGACGUGGACCUGCAUGACGUCGCCGCGGAACCGUUUCGGUGGCCUGGCUCUGACCCUCCGCGUCGGCCGUCGCGGUCGUGGCGCGAAUUUAAAUGGAUGCAGCGAUGCAGCUGUGCUGAAAGCUGGUGGAGAGCCGCUGGCCAGUGAAACUGCCAGCUUCCAUAGGUCUCGCUGCACGGGCUUCCUAUCUCAGCCCAGCUUUUGGCAAGAGGAAGGCAGCUUCAGCAAAGGUUCGAUUUUGGCUGGCUGGCGAGCCACACGGAUGAGGCCAUUGCCAGAGCAAAUGCCUGGUUGCCGCACGUGGGCGUUGAACCAAGAGGGUGCCCGGAUCUUUCGCGCGGACGCCAACCGGACCUUCCGGAGCGAGUGCGGCGCCGAAGCCAACCGACGCCUUCAACUCAUUUCUUCCCUUUGGCCUCUUUAUCGCAUCGCUCAGCAGCAGAAGUUCGGCGACUACCAGCAGUAUGUGGCAGGUCUUCUUCUGCUCUUCUUUGACCCAGUCUUGACCGUGUUGAACGACAGCCCGAAGUACCUCCCUGGCUAUUGGCGGGGUGAGGCCACGGCCUGUGCGGUGGAUGGCUAUGUGUGCGAGGGCUUGCUGAAGCCACAUCUGCGGGCGUUUCAAUUCUUCUUGUCCUUCUUCGACACCUUCGAGGAUGAGAUCAUGAGGGCUGCGAACAAUCCUGAGGUGAGUCUCCCGGCCGUCUCCCGGCCUUCCGGCUGUGGACUCGCGCGAGGUGCGCAUCACGCGGAGCGAGCGUCCGGUCACGAGGCCAACAUGCUGAUCCGCUUUGAGUCCGCUCCAGAGGACCGGCUGCGACAGGAGGCGAGCGCGCAGAGAUAUGUGGCCACCAUUCAGUCGUCCGGGCUCUUAGCGCCGUCCUCGAAGCGCCGAGCUCAGAACACCAAGCUGAAGCUGGACGUGCACAAGUGUCGCAUCUCCGCCUUUCAGGACGGCGGUUUCGGUGCUUCAGAAGACCGUGAUGUGUCACAGCUGGAGGUUUCAGCCAAGAUGAACCUCUUCACUCUCUCUGGGCGAUCUGUCAGCAGAUACUGCAGGAUCCGAUUUGCCAAAUGCCCAGCAGGAUCGAGAAUCGCAAGAAGAUGCAGCAGCGAGGCAAAAGGCUCCAAAGGUGGUCCUACUUCAGGUCCUCGAGCCAAUCCGAAGGACACGAAAGGCGUCUCCGCGUCCAAAGCCACGGACUUCGCCACGUGGUACACGCAGGUGAUCACGCGUGGUGAGAUGAUCGAGUACCACGACAUCAGUGGGUGCUACGUCUUGCGGCCCUGGUCCUUCUUCAUUUGGGAAGAAAUCUCUCGCAUGCUAGAUGCUGGGAUCAAAGAUCUGGGGGUGCAAAAUGCCUAUUUCCCUUGCUUUGUGAGUCAGGAGAUGUUGGAAGUGGAGAAAAGCCACCUCGAAGGCUUCGCUCCUGAGGUGGCCUGGGUGACGCGCUCGGGCGAGUCGCAGCUGGCGAAGCCCAUUGCUUUGCGGCCCACCAGCGAGACCAUCAUGUAUCCCUUCUUCGCCAAGUGGAUCCGAUCGCAUCGAGAUUUGCCACUGAAAUUGAAUCAAUGGGCGAAUGUCGUGCGAUGGGAAUUUCGCCAACCAACGCCUUUCCUGCGCACACGAGAGUUCUUGUGGCAGGAAGGCCACACGGCCCAUGCCACAGCAGAGGAGGCGCAGGAGAUGGUGGAUGCUGCGUUGGAGCUCUAUGAGCGAACGUAUACUGAGCUGCUGGCAGUGCCGGUCCUUAAGGGAAUGAAGUCUGAAGAGGAGAAGUUUGCUGGAAGUCUCCAUAGCCAGACCUUGGAAGUCUUCAUUCCAGCCACCGGCCGCGGAAUCCAGGCAGCCACGUCCCACCAUUUGGGGCAGAAGUUUGCCGAGAUGUUCGGGAUCCACUUUGAGGACGACUCGGGUCGGAGGCAACUGGUGCAUCAGAGCUCCUGGGGCAUGACGACUCGGUCCCUGGGAAUCAUGAUCAUGGUGCAUGGCGACGACAAAGGCCUGGUGCUACCUCCCAGAGUGGCGCCGGUGCAGGUCGUUCUAAUUCCCAUUGCCAGCAAGGGAGAUGCAGCAGGUGAGUUUAAAUGCUGGCAGCUCAUGGAGGAGUUGAAGCUGCAUGGCAUCCGCGCAGAGGUGGAUGCUCGAGGCAACUAUACGCCUGGUUGGAAGUUCAACUGGUGGGAGCUGAAAGGUGUGCCACUGAGAGUGGAGGUCGGGCCACGGGACCUGGAUCGUGGGACGUGCCGAGUGGUCCGGCGCCUGGAUGGCUCCAAGAAGGAUGUGGAGCAGUCACAGCUGGCGGCCAUUGUCAGAGAUGACUUGAAGGACAUCCACGCGGCCAUGCUCCGAAAGGCCACUGAGGAGCGCGAUGCUGGCAUUGCCAAGGUCAUGGACUGGAGUGAGGUCGUGCCGAUGCUGAAGCAAAAGAAACUCAUCUUAGCUCCCUGGUGUGAGACUGCUGCGUCGGAGCUGCUCAUCCGGCGGCGAACGAAAGAGGCAGAGGAUGGAAAGGAAGCUGCGCUGACUGGUGCGAUGAAGAGCCUCUGCUUGCCGUUUGACCAGCCACCACUGCCGAGCGGUACGAAGUGCUUCUUUACAGGAGAGCCCGCAAGAAGGUGGUGCUUGUUCGGCCGCAGCUACUGA